UAUGACAGACAACAUGCCCUGGUCCUGUGGAUCAAACCCUCCCCUCUACCAACUGGAGACACCCACAGUUGAGCAAGUCCUGUUUGGAAGUCCAGAACCAGACGUCAGAGAGGAAAGAGGGCCCGCAAGGCAUGAGGUCAACUUCUCCCUCAAUAACCAACCAGAGGACAAGGAUCCCAUGAUGGACUUCAUACUGAACCAGUCAGAGUGCGAGCAGCAGUUUGAGGAGGACCUCUUCAGGGGCUUUAUUAAUGAAGACAAUGAAAAAGAAGCUUUUCAUAUUCGGAGCUUAAAAUCAAAGAUCUACCUAAAAAAUGAAACACCAGUCAAAUCUUCAGCACCACAAACUGUACCAGAAUCACAGUGCAUGGGAAUGGAGCUCUCCAACUCUGGUGUCACAAACUUUUCAUGUCCUGGACACAGUGGCUCCAUGAAUGACUGUGGAUAUUUACCAAAUUUCUCUUCUCCAGGAUGUUACCUCAGUUCAGACUCUACUGACGACGAAGAUUACUGCCCAUCAUGUCUCCAGCCUUCUGCUUCUUCAUAUGUGGAACGAGCCUGUUGUGUAGACACCUCAAACCAGGGCUCACAGGUUAAACCGAAACAAGGUCACUCCCAGCCCCAGCCUCUUACUCCCCACAUAAAACCCCAAACAAACAUCAGAGUUGACGAGAAAGUUCAACCUCUGAACCCAGAGGUUUGCAAAUGCCAAAAACCAUCUGGCGGAACUCGAGAUGCAGGAACUCAAACUGUCGCCAUCCACACUGCAGAGAUGUGCGACACCUUCACUCAGCACAUCUUCACUGCAGACGGUGCGUCCAGACAGCCUGUGUUCAGCGUGCACCUUCCACCUGUCGGCCUGUCGAAGCAACAUGCAGCCACAGGGAGGCAGACUGACAACGCUGCUCAGCCGAACACACUCUCAGCUUCUACAGGGAAUGGAGGGAAGAAUAUGCCCUGGAGCAAGAAGAAACCCGCGGCUGAUUCUCCACCAGGCAACAAUGGGAAAAUAUUCCUGAAGCUACCCAUCAACUGCUAUCCAGAUUUUGCAAACGCAACUGAUGCCAGAGGUGAGAAGAGUGAAGAGGACAGCGAUGAGAGAGAGCGACUCGAAACGGAACAUGUGAUGAUGACAGACCUCUCGGAGAGUGCGAGGGAGGAGGUCACAUCUGCCACCGAAGAGGAGGCCGGAGCUACUCAGGAAGUAGCAGAUAUUUUGGUCCUGCUUAACAAGAGGAAGACUUAGGAGAGGUGACGCAACUGAACAAAAAGAAGCUGGAUGGAAGGAGGCAAGAAUUGAAAAGUAUGCCCGUUCUGUGCAUUUGUUUUUUAGAUUUCAAAGUAUUGUUCAAAAUGAGUUUUAGAGUUGUAAAAGCACAUAGAGUAUUCAGUGUUUGUUCACAAAGACAGAGAAAUAAAGCCCUGAAAAGCCUU